UGAAAAGCUGCCAGUCCCUAGGGUCCCACAGCAGCCUCCCUCCUCCUCAGGAAGAUGAACCGGCUCUGUCUCUCUGCGGCUCUCCUGGUCCUCCUGGCCAUCUUGGUGGUGGGCACCAGUUCCCAAGAUGCGCCGCCGGCCUUCUGCCUGGAGCCCCCCUACACGGGCCCCUGCAGGGCCUCGAUAAGGAUGUUCUUCUACAAUGCCAACUCGGGACGCUGCGAGACCUUUGUGUUCGGUGGCUGCAGGAGGAGGAAGAACGCCUUCAUGGAGGAGGAGGAGUGCAUGCGGGUCUGUGGGGGACAUGGCCACAGCGCUGACGGCAUCCAGCUCUGAGCGUCAGCCAUGGCGAGCGGUGGUGGCCCGGGCAUCUUCCAGAAAGAGAUCUUCCAACCCCUGUGAUGCGCGACAUAUUUGCUGUCUUUGUGACUUUAGAUGCUCUGGCCUUAUAUUAAACCAACUGCAAUGGA